AUGCGGGGACGAAAGCGAUUCCCGCCGGACAAGCCAGUCUACGAGGACGAGAUCGUCGCAGAGACACCGCCGUCGCCCACGUAUUCGCAGCCUCCAAAGAGAUUUAAGCGCCAAGACGUGGCAGACCGCAUCGACAAGAACACGACAGCCGACUUCUUCGUCAUGAAAAAGACGCUCAAGUCCUUUUGUAAACCCGAAGCAGAGCGACUCGUGUGGGACGAAUGCAUCCAAGAAGUCAACCACGCCAUCGCCGAGGCAUACCUGCUGGCUAACUACUACGCGCUAAGUCAGCUCAAGGCUGGCGUUCCACGUCGAGCGAAGUACGAGAAGUUCUUGGCGACGCAAGCGACCAAGGAUAGGCGAAAGCUCUGGAUCGACAGCGGCAAGGUCGGUAAGUUAAAAGACUUCCCCGUGACUGUGCCGGAGUUUUCCGAAACGGGAUACCAGGAAUGGCUGAAGACACAGAAGGUCAAGAAUGCGGAUCUGGAGAACGCAAACGAUGAGUUUGGGAAGAUGCGAGGAGAUCGGGCUCAGGCGAAGACGGAGCACUUGAACCAGGGUUGGUUUCAAGCGGCAGCAAAGAAAAUGGCUACACAUGCUAAAAACAGUGUCGUGCGGAACUUUGCCAAACGACUGCUAACGUACGUCAUCAAGCAUUAUGGACUAAAGCGUGCUGCCGCGCAUGAGGUUCUCAACAAGACGUUUGAUACCGAGGAGUUCAAUUCUACGUACGUUCGCGUGGUAGAACCCGUCAUUACAGAGCUGCGCAAGAAGAUCCCGCGGACGAAAGAUGGUAAAAUCAGCUGGGUACCUCACGACUUGCUGCCGAAGUUCUACGAGUUCGUCGAGGAGUAA